AUGCAGAGGUCGCGGAGGGCCCUUCUGCGGAGGACGGCGGCGGCGCAGGAGCAGAGCGCGGUGGCGGAGGCUGCCGCUAACGGGAGGAAGAGGCGGCUGUAUGGCUUCUCCGCCUCCCUCGUCGUCGCCUCGUGGGUCGCCAUGCUCCUCCUCCACUCCCUCGUCGGACACGGCGACGGUCAACGAGAUGGAGGAGGCUCUGCUGUCGAUCUUACUGUUGUCGAGCCUACCUUGAAUGUUGGUUCUGUUUAUCCGGCUGUACAGGAAGAGCAUGAAGAGAAUUUGGCAGUGCCAGGUGAUACCUGUGUUAAUUCUGUCGAAAAUGCUGUGCUUUCAGAGGACACACUGGUGCAAGCAGAUCAGUUGUGCUCCAGUGAUGAGGUGCGGAGUGAGAACACAGAAGCUCUAACCAAAGACAGUCAGGUUGAGCUUUCAGGAGAUCAGGGUGGGUAUCUUCCUCAGUCGGAUGUUGAUUCUGGAGUUCAACCAGGGGAGAAGGUGGAGAGUGAAGAUUUGCCGAGACCACCAAGACUAUCACGGGUUGCUCCUCCUGAUCUUGAUGAAUUCAAGACAAGAGCAAUUGCUGAAAGGGGACCUGGUGUUUCUAGUCAACCUGGUCAUGUCAUCCACCGAAGGGAGCCUAGUGGGAAGUUGUAUAAUUAUGCUGCAGCAUCUAAAGGGGCUAAGGUCCUGGAUUUCAAUAAGGAGGCUAAGGGUGCUUCCAAUAUCUUAGAUAAAGACAAAGAUAAGUACCUCCGCAAUCCUUGCUCAGUAGAGGGGAAGUUUGUCAUCAUAGAGCUUUCUGAAGAAACCUUAGUAGAUACAAUCGCAAUUGCAAAUUUUGAGCAUUAUUCUUCCAAUCCGAAAGAAUUUGAAGUGCAGAGCAGUCUGACAUAUCCCACAGAAAAUUGGGAAACUCUUGGAAGAUUCACUGCCACAAAUGCUAAACUUGCUCAGAAUUUCACUUUUCUUGAGCCAAAGUGGGCUAGAUAUUUGAAACUGAACUUGGUCAGCCAUUAUGGUUCUGAGUUCUACUGUACGCUCAGUAUGCUUGAAAUGUAUGGAAUGGAUGCUGUAGAAAAGAUGCUUGAAAACUUGAUUCCAGUUGAGAAUAAGAAAACAGAACCUGAUGACAAGACAAAGGAACACAUUGAGCAAAUUCCUUUGAAGGAGCCUGCUGGAGGAAAAGAAUCCUCACAGGAACCCCUUGAUGAAGAUGAAUUUGAACUAGAAGAUGAUAAACCAAACAGUGAUUCAUCGAAGAAUGGCGCCAAUGAUCCAGUUUCAGAGACAAGGACACUUCAGGCUGGCAGGAUUCCUGGAGAUACAGUUCUUAAGGUGCUAAUGCAGAAAGUCCAGUCUCUUGAUGCGAGCUUCUCUGUCUUGGAGAGGUACCUAGUGGAGUUGAACAGCAGAUAUGGGCAAAUAUUUAAGGAUUUUGAUGCCGAUAUUGAUAGCAAAGAUGUCUUGUUAGAGAAGAUCAAAUCAGAGCUGAAGAAUCUUGAGAGCAGCAAAGAUAGCAUUGCGAAUGAAAUUGAAGGUAUCCUCUCAUGGAAGUUAGUUGCUUCCUCGCAACUAAACCAGCUGGUCCUGGAUAAUGCUCUACUCAGAUCGGAAUUUGAAACAUUUCGACAAAAACAGACUGACAUGGAGAACAGGAGUCUUGCUGUUAUAUUUCUCAGUUUUGUUUUCGCUUGCUUAGCUCUUGCUAAGCUGUCUAUAGGCAUUAUGUCCAAAUUUUGUAGAUUCUGUGACUUUGAAAAGUUCCAUGAUAUCUUAUGCGAUUUUACAGUGCAGUUGUUUGGCGCCAUCAGUUGUCUCAGUUUGGAGGUCCUUUUAAAGCAGCAGCAGACCAGACUACUGGGAGUAGAAUAUUUUGUCCUUGUUCCACUCCCGGUCCUGGGGAAUGUAAAGCAGAUCUACCUGGAAAGCAUGUGCAUACUGGCAUACUGCUGGAUCGGUGUGCUUCUUUAUUUGUUCAAGGAACCAGAGGUCCAGGGCAUGGUCCCCAUAUGGCCUUCAUGUUACCAUGUAUGA